AUGUAUGAAUUUCUAAGUGAUUCAUUGUGUUUGGGAUCUGCAGAGAUGGAGGACAUAUUGCCAGGACCGAGCAGCCGGGUGGUUAUCACUGACAAUGCUUACCAUGUCAGUGAUAAUGUUUGGAGAGGUACGGAUAGGGGGCCUCUAGAGUGCUUUGGUGCGAGCCGUCUACUUCAUGUUUGGGUUCUGUCUGAGGCACAGAAGGAGCUGUUGCACGCCGUGGGAUUCGGAUUGUUUGCUAACCAGGAUGUGGGGGUACAGAAUGACACGGCAUUAGUCUCUGCACUCGUGGAGCGGUGGAGGCCUGAGACGAACACCUUCUUCAUGCGCCAGGGUGAGAUGACUAUUACUCUGCAGGAUGUGAGUUAUAUUUUGGGGCUGCCUAUUCUUGGGCAAGCCUUGGGAGGGCCAGCCAUACAGUGCCCGGCCUCGUGGUUUCGGAGAUUUUGGUUCGAGGAACUGAGUGAUGAAGAUUAUGAGGCUGGUUGGAAUAAGUCAGGCAUCAAGUUCACAUGGCUUUAUCAGAGAUAUGGACGGGCAGGUGUGGAGGGUGACCCUGAGCGGAUUGCAAUUCACACGCAGGCUUAUCUUAUGCUGGUUGUUGGGGCUGUUCUGUUCCCUACGAGGAGUAGGAGUGUUGUUCACCCGAGGAAGGAUAACACACACAUUGCCGGUUGCAUGCUGCUACUUCAGAUUUGGAGUUAUGAGCGGUUUGAUAUCGGGUUGCCUUGUCCUUUUCCUCAGGCUGUGAGAUUUCCAGCUGCGUUGUAUUGGGCUUAUCCGAAGACGAAGAGUGUUCUACUUGAGGAUAAGGAAGCUGGAAAUGCAGAAGAGGUUGUGGUGAAGCCGAUCGAGUGA